UGUCUUUUAGUGCUGUGGUUAGGGUUUUUUUGUGGCUUCUAUCUUGUUUCUUUCCCACCACCUAUGUUAGUCAGAGAGGAUGACAUGAGAGUGGGUUGAUAAACUCAAUCCAUCUGGCAUGCUUGAGGAGGUAGCAGGGCCGAUGCGGCGGAACUUCUCCAGGCAAAUCAAGGUUUAUUCUUGGGGAAGAUGAAGACAAUUGAACAAGAAGGUUAGAGUAGUUCUAUGGUUGUUUUCUUUGCCUAUAAGUUCUAAGAGGGAGGUGGUGGUGGUGGUGGUGGUGGUGAUGGGAAGUAUGAGUUCUGAGAGCUCGAGGAAGAGCCUUUCCAAAGUUGAUGAAGUUGAAGAAGAUGGCGGGAAUAGCUUGAGAUAUGGAGGGAGCUCGAGCAAUAGCACCGUGGAGGAGAGCGAGCGGAAGGCAAGCUCGGGGGCUGUAAGGCAGUAUGUCAGAUCCAAGAACCCAAGGCUUCGGUGGACACCGGAACUCCACCUUUGUUUUGUUCAUGCCGUCGAGAGACUCGGCGGCCAAGAUCGUGCAGGAGCAACACCGAAGAUGGUCCUUCAAUUGAUGAAUGUUAAGGGCCUAAGCAUAGCUCACGUCAAGAGUCAUCUACAAAUGUACAGGAGCAAGAAGAUCGAUGAGUCAGGCCAAGUUAUAGCGGAUCCGAAGAGUGCGAUGCAAGGAAGGGAGCAGCAUAUAAACAAUCUUAGCCAUCUUCCCAUGCUACAUAGUUUUCAUCAAUGGCCUAUUCCCAACUCAAGAUUUGAUGGCACUUCUUGGGCUAGCCAUAGAAAUUGGAUGCACAAUCAAGUCCUCAGCAGGGCCAUGAGUUCCACAGUGGGACCAAGUUCUUAUGGUUCCAUAACCGAGAUGUUCUUCAGAGGAAGUGACAGAAAGAGCAAUCAGGAUUUCCACACAAACAGCUCAUCUUUGGAUCAUCGAGCUAGCCAUGAACUCUACGAAGCAAGCAGGCUCCAUGAUUAUAGAUUAGGAACUACACACUAUAGACCACAAGAGAGGGAAACCUACUUCAUAACCCAAAUACAAGAACGACCGGCGACAAAUCCACAAGGGCAGAGCUCUGUGAGAUGGAAGGCUGAUGAUCAUGGGCCCGAUCUGAAUCUCUCACUCAGCAUUGGACCAAGGCAGGAGAAGAAACAAACGUGGGGGGAAGAAGAAGAAGAAGAAGAAGAAGAAGUGGAUAGCAGCUUAUCACUCUCCUUGUUUUCUCCUUCAAGGAUAGAGAGAUGUUCUGGGGAUGUCGAGAAGGCCUCGAAGCAUAACAGGUGGGAGGAAGAAGUUGGUAAGGGGAAAAAUGCAAGGGCGACGAGUACUCUAGAUCUGACCAUAUGAGUGCAAUGUGGUGAGAUCCUGUGGUACUUGUCAAAAGGGUAAGGUAAUGGCCAAUACUUGCUCCUUCACUUCCUAUUUUGUCCUCAUUAUGAGGCAUUAGAACCUUAUAGGACAUUUUAUGUUCCAUCCAUUAAAAAAAAAAAAAACAUUUUAUGUGCCUUUCUUGACACCUUUCUAAUUUCCAACCCAAGAAUCCCAUAGAAGGUUAGGAGAAUAAAAUGGCUGGAUGCACAUGCUUGUUUGACUGCAA